GAGCAUCCUGGGUUCACUUGAUAUAAGUCAAAAUCUUCAAAAAUGGCCAAUAAUAAGAUUGACGUCACCAGAUCCUCGGACUUGGACGAGGCAACGGGGGGACGGACAGAGGGAAUGGUUCGGAAGGGAGCUAUCAUCGACAAGUCGGAUCAGUUGUGCGCACUAGUCAUGUGCGCCGAGCCACAUUCCUGCUCGGCUGUCCACCAUCACGGCGAGCAGGAUACCGUGGUUUACGCCGCAAAGGGCCACGGUUCCAUUGUCUUCGAUGGGGGAAAGCAGCGCAAAGACCUCUCCCCGGGUGACUUUGCUAUCAUUCCUGCCUACACGGAACACCAGGAGAUGAACCAAUCAGAUAAAGAUGUUGAAUGGGUGAUCACCAGAGCAGGACGCAAGCCCAUCACAGUCAACCUGGAAGGUUGGUCUAAUACUUCUAGCUGAGGGCUGGGCCUUACCGUUGAUGCAACGUGGGUGCUUUGUGUGUUAGUUGUAUACAUUAGCGAAUGCUUUCACCUUUGCGUCUUCAGACCUUUGUAGCAAUCCAGACAUUCCUAUACAACCUCAUUGAUGGGCCACUUCGCGCCUGGGCUUGUUAAAAGCUUUUUACGUCUUGGUACUCCCAGAUCAUAUGUAGCCCUUGAUGAACAGAACGCAAUACGCAUAUAGAAC